GAUCUCCUCCUUUUGAGGGUCCGUAGUCGGUCUCCUUCCCCUAAAUCUUCUUUUCUGUUCACGUGAGGAUCGCUCGAUCGGAAGAAACGAGCUCAGAGCUGCAAAAAUGGCAUCAUUCUUGGCGGCUCGUCAAGCUGCAACUAUGCUUCGACUCUCCUCUCCUAGAUCAGCUUCCCAAGCCGCUUCCUUUAUCCAGCGCCGUGGCCUUGCGGGCGCCGCAGAUCAUCAUGGAACACCGAAGGUUGACUUUUGGAAAGAUCCAAUGAGUCCGUCCAAGUGGAAGGAAGAGCACUUUGUUAUUAUCUCUUUAUCCGGUUGGGGACUGCUUAUCUAUAGUGGAUACAAGCUUUUUUCUGGAGGCAAGAAGAAGGAUGAGAAACCAGUGGAAGCAUAAGACCAAGAGAUUGAAAUAUGUUUCUGAAGCAUUCAGCUAGUAAAGGUGUUUGGUCCUUUUUAAGUGUUUUGACAUGUGAGAGUAGCAGUUGAUGUGUUUUCCAUAAUCUGAUUACAUAUCUUAGCAAACAACCCUGCUCUUUUUGGCUGCACAAAUUACAUCCAAUUUUCAAUAAUCAAUUGCCUUUUAUUCUC